AGCAAAAAGAGAGAACUCAGAACACAUUGUAGAUACAGCUUCAGAGAUCAGAAGAAACAGAGGAUGUGCCUGGAUGACAAGUGGAAGCUGUCCAAGAAGGGGAACCAGAGGUCGGCGGCAGUGGCGCCGGCGGCGUCCACCGGCAGUCCAGUGGGCCUCAAGGGCCGGACAUCGAAGGGCUCGGGCAGGUCGGUGCCGGGGCGGCUGGCGAGCCUGGCCAGGGAGCAGAAGGCCAGGCUCUACAUCAUGCGGCGGUGCGUCACCAUGCUCGUGUGCUGGCGCGACUAG